UGGUGUUUCUUUGAAACGUGAAGGAGCAAGGGAAAGACCAGGAUAGGAAGGGCGAGCCGGAAGGGGUGGGAAAGGCAGGGCGCGCGCAUGCGUCUUUGUAGCUGCCGGAUGAGGCGGAAGCGGAAGCCGGAAGCGCAGUCCAGGGAGCGAUGGCAGCCGGUGGCGGUCUGAGCCGCUCGGAGCGCAAAGCGGCUGAGCGGGUCCGGAGGUUGCGGGAGGAGCAGCAGCGGGAGCGCCUCCGUCAGGUGUCACGCAUCCUGAGGAAGGCGGCUGCAGAGCGCAGCGCGGAGGAGGGCCGGCUUCUAGCUGAGAGUGAGGAUCUGGUGACCGAGCUUCAGGGUCGGAGCCGGCGGCGUGAGGGCCUCAAGCGCCGCCAGGAGGAGGUGUGUGAUGACCCAGAGGAGUUGCGGAGGAAGGUCCGCGAACUAGCCGGAGCUGUCCGAAGUGCCAGACACUUGGUUGUCUACACAGGCGCUGGGAUCAGCACGGCAGCCUCUAUCCCAGAUUACCGGGGUCCUAAUGGAGUGUGGACACUGCUCCAGAAAGGAAGGCCUGUGAGUGCUGCCGACCUAAGCGAAGCAGAGCCUACCCUCACCCACAUGAGCAUCACCCAGCUGCACAAGCAUAAGCUGGUGCAACACGUGGUGUCUCAGAACUGCGACGGGCUCCACCUGCGCAGUGGGCUGCCACGGACCGCCAUCUCUGAGCUCCAUGGGAAUAUGUAUAUUGAAGUGAGCAGUGCCCAGAGGACUCAGGGCCUGGGGGACAAGCAGAUGUCACUCACUGUGCCCUCUCUUCCUCAGGUCUGCACCUCCUGCAUCCCUAACAGAGAGUACGUCCGAGUGUUUGACGUGACGGAGCGUACCGCCCUUCACCGACACCUGACAGGCCGGACGUGCCACAAGUGUGGGACUCAGCUUCGGGACACCAUUGUGCACUUUGGGGAGAGGGGGACGCUAGGGCAGCCCCUGAACUGGGAGGCAGCGACUGAGGCCGCUAGCAAAGCAGACACAAUCCUGUGUUUAGGGUCCAGCUUGAAGGUACUGAAGAAGUACCCCCGUCUCUGGUGCAUGACGAAGCCCCCAAGCCGUCGGCCCAAACUCUACAUUGUGAACCUGCAGUGGACCCCGAAGGAUGACUGGGCUGCCCUGAAGCUUCAUGGGAAAUGUGAUGAUGUAAUGCGGCUCCUCAUGGACGAACUGGGCCUGGAGAUCCCUGUCUACAACCGGUGGCAGGACCCAAUCUUCUCCUUGGCAACUCCACUCCGUGCUGGCGAAGAAGGUAGCCACAGUAGGAAGUCACUGUGCAGGAGCAGAGAAGAGCCCCCACCCGGGGACCAGAGUGCCCCUCUUGCCUCAGCCACCCCCAUCCUAGGAGGCUGGUUCGGCAGGGGCUGUGCUAAGCGUGCAAAAAGGAAGAAAGCGGCGUAGCCCCGGUGUUGACAAAGAGCAGUCGGCACCUUGCAGAUGGCUUGACCCAUGUUUAGGGUCCUGUGUCACAGUGAAGGCUAGAGUGCCCCCACCAGAUCUAGUGGAAAGAACUCUGGGGUUGGGGGUGACACUUCCUGGUGACGGUCGUUUUUAGCCAUCUGUCCUUGUGGAAAGCCUCACUUGCACUGCUGUGAUCGCCCCACUACGGGCUUGAUCUUCAAGGACACCUCCAUCCUAUCCCCCCCUAUACAAAGGUGGCAGCAAGGCCUUUGCAAGAAGAGCUCCCGUCUUUCCCAGGCCUGGCCCACAGAGGAGUCCACCACUGCCUUACCUCACUCUCCAGGCUAGUCUCAGGGCCUCCCUCUUUCUACUACUUACUACUUAAAAGUGUUCACUUUAUAGAAACCUUUUUCUGUAUUGGGUAUGCGGCACAGGGAGGAUCUAAGCCUCCGGUCUGAGCAAGUCUUAUUAAACAUCUCUCUAUUG